CUGGCACACCUCCUUGAAGUGCAUAGCCUGCUAUACGCAUUUGUAAAUUACAGUGUGCGGAGAUAGCGGCGAGUAAAGCCGACGUAUUUGAUGUGGACGACGACGCACAGAGCAGCUUACUGGUGAAAGAGACAUGAUUGACCGAUAAGAAGGAUUACAGCUGUUGUUUUUAUACCCUAAUAUGGUCAAUCUCAAUAAACUAAAAGCGACAUAGCAUUGGUUGCACCCAUGAUAAAAAUGGGUAGACAUGCAUGGGGACUGUGGACAAGAACGGGACGGGGCAUCUUAACCUGAAAGCAAUUUGAUGGGGAAAACGAGAAGAGUCCCUUUAAGAUGACACGCACCGACCCGCCUGAUCUACUGGCAUCAACUGCGUACCGAGAUAUAGAAGCCAGCCCUGCCUCCACGCGUUCUGCGCACUUGUACCCUUCCGCAAAAAAAUGUGAUGGUCACUGGCUCCCCGGCACACUGGAGGAUAACCAGGAGUGGAUUAACAAGAGGCGCUGUCGUAGCUUUGACCUGGAGUCGCUCAGCGACUCGAGAUAUUGCACAUCCCUGAUGGAGUACACGUACCGGAGGGUCGAGAGGCAUGCCGUUCACCCGGACCUGGCCUGGAAUGCUCUGGCCCAGCAGGGCCAACAGCGGUUUUCUUCGCCUGACCUCAUCAGUCACCGGCUGCCCGCUCAGUACAUUGCCACCGUCAGCAACCACAACACCACCGUGGUCUCUGAGCCGGGUGGGCCCGAGCUCAAGCGGCGGGCGCGGUCCAAAAGUGCACCGCGGGUGAAGACUGGCUUCAGUCGCGUGCCCUGUGAGGCGUCCCCGCCUGUCGCAAGGAGGGGGCGAGAGGUCAGCCGGGCCCCGCGGGACCCCCCCAGGAAGCCCGAGGGGUCUCCAAGGCGGGAACCCACCCACAACACCCCCCCAAGCCGGCCGCUCGUCAACGAAGUGCAUCCCAUCAAGCUGCAGCCUCAGAGAGGUGACACCAGUCGGUACUCACCCCUCUAUGUUCCUGAUUGCUUCGUUAAGGAGAGCCGGCCUGAAAGGCAGCAUCAGCAGCAGCAGCAGCAGCAGCAGCAGCCGGCCACCAGCCCCCAUGUCCGGUGCCGGGUGGACAUCAAGCCAGAUGCAGCCGUCCUGCACCAUGCUGGGAAGAAGCUUCCAAUGACACCCCCCUAUCCUGCAGAGGUUCCCUGGCAACGCUACCACAUUGCUGGAGGCCACAGCCUGACUGUGCCUCGACACAUCCCCGCCUCCAGGACGGCCACACCCACCUCUGAUUCCUACAGCAGUGAAUACCGUCUUGCUUACCCCUACUCCAGCAGCGCUCCCAGUGGCUAUGUCCAGCCCCAGCCCGUGGAGAUCCCCCUGCAGAGGAUGCCCUCCCCACGGGAGUACUACGGGAGGGAGCGGAGGGCCUUCUCUAGCCCUAACGUGCUGACCAAAUUCUUCUAUGCUGAUGACCCUGUGAGCUACCCCAGUCCAGGGCCAGGGCCACACCCGAGGACUUACUACCAGGAGGACCUUUACAGCAAUCCCAGCCCAACCCUCACCCCAAAAAUGCAGUACUUUCAGCAGAAUCCCAGAGCUCGAGUGGUCCAUACCUCCCCAAGUCGGUCAUACUAUGGUGAUAUGGAGCCGUACCCCAUCCCUUACUCUUACCCAUUGCAAGCCAUGUAUCCCAAAUCUUACGCCACAUCUGAGCCGGGACCAUACAUCAUCCAAACGCCCCCUGCCAGGACCUACUACACGGAGGAUCCCCGCACUUACCCUGUCCAAACCGUCCCACCCAAGAUCUUCUAUGUCCAUGAGCGUUUUACCCCUCCGCCCGAACACCACAUGCCCUCCAGGGGAUAUCACACGGAGGGACGUGUUCGGCAGGCUCGGGUGUGCCAGCCACAGGCGGAUGACUGGUAUGGCUCAGAGGUGUCAGGCCAUAGCACCCGCCACCCUUCUUCCCAGGCCUCACAGUACACCCCACCCAGGGUGCGGCAGGAGCCUGAGCUGACCCAUUGGUAUGCCAGCCCCUGCAUGGAAAACCCCAAAGUGGGGACUGAUGCCCCCCGGAGCUACUCCAAAUCGUGGGACAAUAUCCUGGACACGCGGGUCGAAAGGGAGCAGCCAAGGGAGCGUCAGCAGCAGCAGCUACGGAGACAAAGCCAUGAUGAUCUCCUCUACCAGGGCAAGCAGACGUUGUCCCCCCCUAAUGACGACAGGCGACAGCCCGUGGUGGUCAACCUCUCUAGCUCGCCUCGCCGCUAUGCGGCCCUGUCCCUGUCAGACAACUCCCUCAUUGACAGAAGUCCCACGGAGGGUGGUGGGAGGCUCGGUGGAGGCCCCGGGAAGCCCUGGUUUGUGACACCAGAGAUCACUAUCACAGACAACGACAUCCACCAGGGUGGCAAACCCGAUAGGAAGCAUGCUGAGGAGGAGGUACGUCCUCGUUCCCCAAGCUGGGAUGCCCUGGACUCUGAAGCUGGGCCAUCUGCAAAGGUAUCAUACCCAGAGACCGUCUCCUGUUCCGCAGUAGACCCCACCACCGCCAAAGAGAAGACCCAUGACAGCUCCUCCCUGCAGCAGAGUCUGGAGCAGCUCGAUGAGCUGCUGGCUGACCUUGUCAUCGACUACAAGCCCCCAGCCAGCAGAAGGCCCAGCGAGGACCUUCUGGGGCAGCUUAAGAAACUGAUUGGUGAGGAUGAGGUGAAGACAACAAGAACACCAUUGCCAAAAAAGGGUCGGUCCAGAGAAUUUGACUCCCCGGGCCCUUUGAAGAAGCAGCCCCAGCCGGCUUUCACAAAAAUGAUCCCUGGUGGCCCACCAGGAGACCUGGACAGUGGCUGCGACGGGCUUCAGCAGAGGAGCGCGGAGGAGUGCUCACCGGAUGAGAGCACAGAUGAGGAUGACACCAUGAUGUGCUCCAACAGCAAGUGCCAGCGUACCGAAACCCUCUUCAAUGCUUGCCUCUACUUUAAGUCCUGCCACAGCUGCUAUACCUAUUACUGCUCUCGCAACUGCCGACGGGAGGACUGGGACAUCCACAAGGAGAGUUGCCUUUAUGGCCGUGUGGGAAGCGUCUGCCGCCAUGUCAUCAAGUUCUGCCGAGAGACUGCAGAGGUCCACAAGGCCUUCUCCCGCAUUGCCAAAGUCGGCUACCUUUCCCGGGGCAGGGGGGUCCUCUUCCUGGGUUUCCCCAGCCAAGGUUCGUCUGGAAACUUCCUCCGGUAUGGCUUGGAGAGCCUGCUCAUGUCCCCUACUUACCUAUCCCUGCGUGAGCUGGACAGCUUCAAGGACAAUCUGGGAGAGUACUGCAGGGAGCUCCAGGCAGCUGGGGAUGAGUACGACCCAAGCGAAUGCUUCCUCCUGAACGUGUCCAUUGCCGUGGGCGAUCAAGUGCCUGACAGGCCCUCACCAAGGGUCCAAGCCCCAACCGUCAGGAAAUAUGCCAAGGUGUCAUUGGCCUCCUACAGCCCCGAGCGGAAGGCUGCAGUGGCAGCCGCUGCAGCCGCGCGGAAGGACGGUGACAUGGAGACGCUGAUCCUCACUCCACCCCCUGGAAUGGCCGACAUUGAUCUGGAAGGUGAGGCAGGGCGGAAGGCCCGUGAAAUCUGCUUCAUCAACAUCCAGAGGGAGCUGAGGACCCGGGGGGUCUUCCUACGUCACGAAUACCCCCAGGUCUACCGCCAGCUGUGUGACUUUGUGGAGACCAAUGAAAGGUUCACACCAACCACUAUCUACCCCAUUGACAAGAGGACUGGAAAGCAGUUCAUGUGCAUGAUCAUGGCUGCAUCUGAGCCCAGGACACUCGACUGGGUGGCAACCCCAAAUCUCCUUGAUGACAUCAUAUAGUAUGCAGAGUAUGACAGAGUAUUGUUCAUGAAUUUCAUUUCACAGCUCAUUGUCAUGUAGUACAGACAGAGACCUUUGGAGCAUGUUCAAGACUUGACCCAGUGCCAGAUACUCUCUGGACUGUAGGUAAACAGUGAGUCUAAACAGACUGAAUGGCCUGUUCACAUCAUUACCUACUCUUAUGUUCUUAUAAUCACAUGCACUGUUGAUGUACUGUAUGUACAGUGUAUGUAUAUACCAUAUCUAUAUAUCAAGUCUGUGUAUGUAUGCAGAUACAAAUCAUUUUUACUACAGAAAAAGAGAUAUGUAGUCACAUCUGGGUGACUGGUAUUGUUUGCAUCAGGAAAAUAAUACAGUGCACUGGAAUUGAAAAGCACAGUGCAGUAUUUGCUGUGAUCAUCUUGGUUUUAUACUGUUCUGUGUCUGAUUUAUGGCCAACACUGAUAUUGCAGAUACAUCCCUAACCCAAUUUUCUGCAUGUCCACCAGUCUCGCCUUCAUCUGUCAAGUGUGGUUUAUUGAUAUAGUCUGUACUCAGGACAGUAAAACAUUUUGAGUUCUUAGUCGCUCUGCAUGGUAGCAACACUGACAGCAAAGUUUUAAAAUAAGUAGUGCAGAGACAGCUGGCCAUUUCCCUGUGGUUGAUUUGGGGGGUAAAAUCCUGUAUUGCCAUUAUAUUUGCAUAAAAAUGCUAUGGUCACUGUCUGAAGGGGCAUUACAUUUUGAGGUUUGGCAUCUUUUCUUCCCUGGUUCUGUUACACAAGUAGGGCUUCCGGUCUCUACCAGAGACAGUUCUGCAUUGAUUGUGUUUCAAACUUGGCAUAAAAUGUGGUUCUUGCUGUUGUAUAGAACUCUGUACAUGCUUAGUCAAAGGUCAUGUUAACUGAGGUUUAUUUUGUAGAAUUGUUCUGUGUUAUUUCUCCAGCUCAGCGGGCCAGUACACAUGACUUGAGUUGGCUUGACAUAAAUGUUUUCCAGGCAGUUAAAUGUAUGGAAUUUCAUGUCACUUUUACCAUUUAAAAAUUCUGUAUUACAACCACACACGCACACAUAUCCAGCCUCUAAUUCAGCCUCUUAUGCAUAUAUGUUAAUACAGUUUUACAGAACCAUGUAACAUGUACAUAUUUUUAAUUCACUGACCUUUAUUUCCAGUCUAAUGGGGAAACAUUAGACUGGAAUGUUGCAUGUAGCAUUUUGUGUCAUGUCAUGGAAAAAACAUUUCAUAUGAUGAUACAUUUCCACAAGGGGAGAAUAUUUUGUAUUGUGAAACAUAUUUAGUUUGCUAAUUACCCAUUAAAUGUAAAGGUAGCACUACCAAAGUAUCUUUUUGCUUUGGAUAAGAGACAAAAACAAAUGUUAAAGCAUCUUAGCGGUGUUCUGACUUAAGUCUUAUGUACUUGUAAAUCAGUUAGAUGAUUUCAUGAAAUCUCAAAAUGAAAGCAUAUAAUGUCAGUCCAUGAAGUUGAACUGAGAUGGUGUUCUAUAUGGAUUCUAUAUCCUGGCGGUCUUGCAAAAUGAUGCAGUUAUAGACUGUGAUAAAGUAAGCAGAAAGAAAGCUAUGCUGCACUAAUCUUCCUAAAAUGAAUUUACUGUAAUGCUGCCAAGGCUGAUGUACUGUACUGUAUCCUCCAUUGUUUCUCUUAGCCAGAGGUUCCCAACCCUGGUAGUGCAACACGCCAGUGUGUGCUUCUUUUUGGGCCAGCCAUUAUUACAGUUUGUUUGGUAUAACUGGAUGUUAAUUGUUUUUCAUAAAACACUUUGAAUGUAUAAUUAGGGAUUAUUUACCUCACCAAGAGAUAUUUCUGUGAUAUUAAUAUCAUUAAUAUUCUAUAGUCAUUUGAAGACUUCAUGAGAUCAGUUCUCAGGCAAGUUAUGCUUUAAUUUCUUGUAAUAUACUGGGGCAAAUUAUUCCUUUUGAAAGAUGUCUUGAAUUUUCUGGCAAAGCCAGGGUUGGGAGCUCCUGCACUUGCCAAUUGUGGGAUUCAAGUGGGUUUUGAGUGCUCACUUGAAUUUACUUUUAAAGUGCUCUACUGGGUGAAAUGAAAGAUUUGCGGUUUGAGUGAUAAGACCUAAAGACUUGAAGUGCUAUUUAAAAGGCAUUACCUACAUUACCAUGUUACACAGAUUAUAUGGCUUGUACUGUAGCAACUGUAAUAUGUGUGAUAUUAGAUGACAAUUCUCACCUGAAGCCAUUUGAGAUAUAAGACACAUCCUGAAACUUAAAAGGAACCUGAAAUCAUAACUUUGAAUAAUUCCAGAGAAGAUAAUAUACUUAUUAUGAAUACAUCAGGAAACAUUCUGGCAACAUAGCUGUAAUAUCCUUGAGUGCUUUCUUUGGGGACAAAAGUACGGUAUAUUUGUAUA